UCCCUGAAUGGAAGCAGUGGACUGCACACACUCCCACACUCCACACUCCCACAGUUGUAUGAGUAGUGUCGGUGUAGGCGUUGGCUGUGUCGGUUGCUAUCCACCACAUGUGUCACAGUGCGGCUCAGGACUCAAGCAGGUUCUCCACCCGAGUUCUCCACAGGCAAGCAACAUGCAGGGUACAAUUCCCUUCUGUUCCCACAAGAGGAACUAGAAGCAGCCUGAUUCUGUCAUCUUUCCCCGCUGACGUCACUCCAGCAUGACUAGCACAACAUCUAAAGCUUCAGAACCAGAGACCUGUGCCAGCCCGGACUCACGGCAUGGUCCUGAUGUCUUCUGCAAGCUGUGCCUCUGCAAGCAUGGACCUGCUCUAGCCAGAACACUGCAGAACUGCAAGUGCAUCUUCUGUACAGCUUGUCUGCAGCAGUAUGUUGAGUUGGCUAUCAAGGAGGGUGGAGGAGCACCCAUCACCUGUCCAGAUAUGGAUUGCAAAAACAUUGGCGUGUUACUGGACACGGAGAUAGACGACUUGGCCUCUGCUGAUUGUGCAAAGUUGUAUCAGCGUUUAAAGUACGAGAGAGGGGUGAACCUGGACCCAGGUAAAACCUGGUGUCCGGUGCUUGAAUGCCAGGCUGAGUGUAACGUGCAGCUGAGCUCUAAAGGCCAUCCCGCCGCUGUGCCCUGUCCCACUUGUCACACCAUCUUCUGUUCCGAGUGCGGGGGACCCUGGCAAGGAGACCACACCUGUUCCGAACUCCAGCCCAUGAUGUCACGCUCUGAUGAAAGCAGGAGCCACAGUGACAGCGACUCCGAGCUGCCUAUCAAACAGUGUCCAAAGUGUGACAUCUACAUCGAGAGGAACCAAGGAUGUGCACAGAUGGUUUGCAAAUGCUGCAAGCACACGUUCUGUUGGUACUGUCUGCAAAACCUGGACGGUGACAUUUUCCUGAGGCAUUACGAUAAGGGGCCGUGCAGAAACAAACUUGGCCACUCCAGGGCCAUGCUUAUGUGGGACCGAACAAAGGUGGUGGGGAUCCUGGUGGGGGUUACCAUCGUGAUGCUGGUAACCUCUCCGCUCCUUCUGCUGGCUUCCCCGUGCUUUUUGUGCUGCAUGUGCAAGCCAUGUAGAGGGAAGAAAAAGAAAAAGAAGGACCAGCCAGACUCCACCACAUCAUAGCAGCUAUACUGUUAUAAAGCCCUGCUCAGCGAGAAGAAACUGUACGCUGGAAAACAAAUCGCGGUCCCCGACAGUAAUGCCAUCAACAUGUCGAGUGGUGUGACAAAGUGUUUGCUUGUUUGUUUUUUUUCCUUGUUUAUCACACUUAAAUGUUUCAGAUCAUCAAACAAAUUUGAAUGUUAGUCGUCACACUACCUCCACCAUAUUUUACUGUUGGUUUGUUGUUUGUUUUCUGAAAUGCGGCUUCACUUUUUCUUCUAAAAAAGUUCAACUUUUGUCUCAUCAGACCACAGGUCUUAGAGAUCAUCAAGAUUGAGAUGAGCCUUAAUGUUGUUUUUGUUCCGCAGUGGUUCUCAUCUUGGAACUCAUGAAUACUGACCUUAACUGAGGCAAGUGAGGCCUGCAGUUCUUUAGUUCUUUUGUUGUGGGGUCUUUUGUGACCUCUUAGAUGAGUUGUUUGUGCUCCUGAAAAAGGUAGGGAAGAUUCACCAAAGUUCUAUGGUUUGACUAUUUCUGGAUAAUGGCUGGAGUCCCAAAACUUUAGAAAUGGCUUUAUAACCUUUUCCAAACUGAUAGAUCACAAUUAAUCUCAUGUACAGUAUGUUUUAACAGGGACGACCAUGUUGGUUGGUUUCUUUUUCUCCCUUAAUAUUGAAACAUUUCAUUAAAAAAAAUGCAUUUUGUGUGAAAAACAUGCAAAAAAACACUUUUUUGAACACUUUUUCACACCACCGCAGACAUAAUCAGUGUGAUAGUUUGGUGGCGGUAAAUGGAUGGGGGUGGUUCCUCACUCAUGCCCUUCAAUAUCCCCGAUCCUGUGCCAAAUGAGAGACAUUAGUCAAGUGCCUAAGUCUACCGUGCCUGCUGAUUUUUCACAAUUCCGUAUAGGUACUUUCAUGUUAUUCUAUCAUUUAUGUAUUGUAUUGUGUGAAUGAAAUAUGAUAUAUUCUCUUUGUUUCCAUGCACCUUAAUUUCCACACUCAAAGGUUUUUCUAAAAUAUUUUCAUGAUGUAUUUAUUUCUUGUAUGUCUUAUCUUAAGUCCAAUUUCUGUUGAUGUCUCUUGAGUCAAAUAUGUUCUAAAAGUGCCAUUGUUACUGAAAUAAACAUACUAUACUGAAUGUGCAU